UUGUUUUUCUUCUUCAUUAUUUCCUCAUCAUAUUUAUUAAUUAUAGCUAAAAUAUAAAAACUAAACAAAAAUGGAUGUAUUCCUUAUGAUCAGACGACACAAAACAACCAUAUUUACUGAUGCCAAAGAAAACACAUCCGUAAACGAGCUAAAACGAAUGAUUGGUGGAAUUUUAAAAGUCAGUCCAGCCGAUCAAAUUCUAUUCUACUAUGGCAAUGAUCCAAUGGCCAAUGACAAGCUAUUACAAGACUACGGAAUCACAAUGUCAAUUGCAAAGGCCCAAGCUCCAGCACAACUUGGCUUAGUGCUGCGAACUGAAUCGGGUGAGUUUGAACAACUCGAUAUCACAACAUAUUCAUCGCCACCCGACCUGCCCGAAGUAAUGAAGACCCAAGAAGCAUCAAAUGGACAAGAUCAAGUUGCCUAAAAAAAAAUUUAAUAUAAAAUAAUAAUAAAAAAAUAAAUAAAAAGUCGUUAUAAGCACUUUAAUAACUAAAUUUACGGGAUUGGUAUUGAAUACAAAAGAAAACGAAAGAAAAAAAAGUAGCUAUAUCAACCACCAUCAGAUAUUGUUGUUAUAAGUCAGAACAGAAAUAAAUAAUUUAUCAUACAAAAAAAAAAAUACAUAAA